UUCCCAGCCUUCUUUAAGUCACAUUCAUAAGUCUGACAAUUUAAUGCACCUCUCCUCCUCGUCCUCCUGGAGAUCCAGCUGAAAGAAGCUCUCCCAUCCAUUGUUCUAACCUUAUUCAGAUUCUCUGUUCCAAAUUCUCGACCCGAAAAUGGAAAGAAGGGCGUCUCCGAUGCCUGUUCUUCUUUAUAUUGCAGCUCUCAUGGCUGCUUCUUGUUGUUCUUCAUCAGAGGCAGCUGCCCCAAAAAGUUCUUUCGAGGACAAUUUCGAUAUAAUGUGGUCUGAGGACCAUUUUACAACUUCAGAAGAUAAGCAGAUCUGGUAUCUUUCCCUCGACAAAGACACAGGUUGUGGAUUUCAAACGAAACAAAAGUACAGAUUUGGAUGGUUUAGCAUGAAGAUCAAGUUGGUCGGAGGUGACUCCGCAGGCGUAGUCACAGCUUAUUAUAUGUGCACCGAAAAUGGAGCAGGGCCAGAGAGGGAUGAGCUAGAUUUUGAGUUCUUGGGGAAUAGAAGCGGGCAACCUUAUCUGAUCCAGACAAAUGUGUACAAGAAUGGAACUGGAAACCGUGAGAUGAGGCACCAGCUUUGGUUCGACCCCACUGAGGAAUAUCAUACUUACUCAAUUCUCUGGAAUAAUCAUCAGAUUGUGUUUUUCGUGGACAAAGUUCCCAUAAGGGUGUUCAAGAACGAUGGGGAAGCAAACAACUUCUUCCCCAAUGAGAAGCCGAUGUACUUAUUCUCCAGCAUAUGGAACGCAGACGAUUGGGCCACCAGAGGUGGGAUUGAGAAGACAGACUGGAAGAAAUCACCAUUUGUGUCCUCCUACAAGGACUUCAGUGUUGAUGCCUGCCAAUGGGAGGACCCAUUCCCUGCGUGCGUCUCCACCACAACAAAAAACUGGUGGGACCAGUAUGAUGCCUGGCACCUAUCAGAUGCCCAGAAGAAGGAUUUUGCUUGGAUACAGAGAAAUAUGGUGAUUUAUGAUUAUUGCAAGGAUUCUGAACGCUUCCCAACAUUGCCAGUGGAGUGCCCAUUGAGUCCAUGGGAAUAAAAAUAUAUAUUGCCAAGUUUUGUAAUUUAGAGGUUAAGUCUCCGCGCAACAGAAAUGUUGUUCUUUGUGAUUGAAAAGAUACGGGUUUGAGUCGUGAAAACAACCUCUUUGCAAAACAAAAAUAAGGUUACAUACGAUAAAGGUUCCCUCCACCCUCGCAAAGCAAGCGGGGAGCCUGGUUAGUUUGAAGUCUCAUUUUUUAUUGUAAAGUUUUGUAAUUUCAAUUUUUGGUAAGGCACUAGCAUGUGCUUUUGUAGACCAUUUUUGUAUUUGGCGAUUGUAUUUUUAUGGAAUUUUAAUUCAAUUUU